GGGUCUCCGCGCGCUCACUUUUCAGUUUCUCUGACUUCAUCUGAAACUCAGAUGAAGUUUAGUUUUUACUGUUUUUAAAGGUUAUAACCUUUUUUUUCCCUUUUUUUUUUUGAGUCAUCACUUUUGUCCCUGUGAGACAAUCCCGGAGCCUCGUGCGAUUCUUGCUCGAGCUCUGGGAGAGCCGGUCCACGCGUUAGACAGCAAAAGGACCAGGGAGGAGCAACAGGAGGUUUCACGACCGAGUGACACCGACACCAAGGAGGAUUUAACGGACACCCCUGAAACAAGCUUUUGAUUCUGUCUGCCCGGUGCUGAUUCAACGUCUGCCCGGUACCGACCGGAGCCACUGUCUGACCCGGGAUAUCUGCGGUUUGAACGUUCAUCCUCCAUCAUGUAUCCCUCAGCGGUCAGAGUGUGUGUGCGCUGCAGUCUAGUCUUGGUCCUGGUUCAGGUUCUGGUCCAGGUCCUGGUGCUGGUCCGUCCUGCAGCAGGUUACAAUCUGGAUCAGGACCAUAGUCUGGAGUUCAGCGGUCCCCCCUCCUCCAUGUUUGGAUACUCAGUCCUGCUUCAUCGCCACAGAUCUCACAAAUGGUUGGUAGUUGGAGCUCCAGAAGCGAACUCAUCCUUCAGUCCGUCAGUUCGAUCUCCAGGAGCUGUUUACCGCUGCAACAUCUCAGCUGAGUCCCGGCAAUGCCACCCCAUGCAUGCCGACGUGCUGAACUGUGGGAAGACAUGUGAAGCAGAGAGCGAUCACCAGUGGCUGGGAGUCAGUCUGUCCAGGCAACCUGGAAACAAUGGAGGACAUGUUCUGGCCUGUGCUCACCGCUGGAAGAACGUCUUCCACUCAAAGAAAGACAGUCAGAACAACAAGCUGCCUAAUGGAGUCUGUUAUCGCUAUGGUGACGAUCUAAGUCACGGCCAACCCAUGAUCCCCUGCUACAGAGACCACCAGAGGAAGUUUGGUGAGGAUUAUGGGUCAUGUCAGGCUGGUAUUUCGAAUUUCCUGACUGAGGACCUGAUCAUCAUGGGGGCUCCGGGGACGUCUUAUUGGACGGGUUCCGUUCUGGUCUUCAACACUUCCAGUCGCAGCAUGUCAGUGUACCUUGAUGAUGGCACUGGAGCAGUCAGCUUUGGAAGUUACCUGGGUUACUCUGUUGGAGCUGGUCACUUCCUGAGUCCUGCUACUGUGGAGGUGGUGGGUGGAGCUCCGCAGUACAACCAGAGGGGCAAGGUCUUCAUCUUCGCAGUAGAGAACACCAUGCUGCAGGUUGUCUCCGAGGUGUCUGGAAAAGAGCUGGGAGCUUACUUCGGCUCCAGUGUGUGUGCAGUGGAUCUGAACGCUGACGGUUUGUCAGACCUGUUGGUUGGUGCUCCAAUGGCAACAGGUGUCACCAGGGAGGAGGGAAGAGUCCAUGUGUACAUCAACCAGGGGCAGGCAACGCUGUUGGAGGCGGAGUUUCUGCUGACAGGCAGCGACGCCUACGCUGCCCGCUUCGGAGAGAGCAUUGCUGACCUGGGAGACUUGGACGACGACGGUUACCAUGAUGUGGCGGUUGGCGCCCCACAGGAAGAUGAACUAAAAGGAGCUGUCUACAUCUAUAACGGCAGGAAGGAGGGCAUCUCCCCAACUCCAUCACAGAGAAUUACUGGAUCCACCCUGGGUCAUAACCUCAGGAUGUUCGGCCAGUCGCUGAACUCCGGCAUUGAUAUUGAUGAUAAUGGCUACCAGGAUGUGGCGGUUGGUGCAUUCCUCUCAGACUCAGCUGUGGUUCUCAGGACCCGUCCAGUGAUUCAGGUGAAGGCGUCUCUGGCUCUGCCUGAGCAGAUUGACCAGCGGAUGGAACUGUGCAAAGACCACAAGACUCCAACUGUCUGCUUCAAUGUCACCAUCUGUUUCAGUGUCCGGUCCAGACAGUUCAAAGGAGCUAUAGAUCUUCAAUAUAAUUUGACCUCUGACCUCCUCCAUAAACCAUCUUUCCCUCAUCGUUUCUAUUUCCAUGGUAACGGGUCAUCUAAUAGCACAAGGGGACGUGUGAGAGCACGACUUGGCCACCUCACUUGUACAACACACGUGGCUUACCAAAGGAAAGACGUGAGGGACAUUUUUACUCCAGUCCAGUUUGAAGUUUCCUAUAGUCUCAGAGAACUAAACACCCACAGAGCCUCUUCCAGAACCUUCCCUCCAUUAAAACCCAUCCUGCAGCAGAGCGCAGGACAACAGCACACCAUCACCAACCAGACUCAAUUUGCUCGUUCCUGUUCUCUGGUGAAGUGUUCGACCAACAUGCAGUUGUCGGCUCAACUGGUGUUGCCACAUCAACAGGACUACUUUGCUCUCGGCUCUGGAAAGACCAUCAUGCUGAACACCUCGCUGCUGAACUCCGGAGAUGACGCCUUCCUGCCACGACUGACGCUGCUUUUCCCAGAUAACAUCCACUACGUUAAAGUACUGCAGAACCAGGACAACGUGGUCGGCUGUGAUGUCACACAGGAAGUCAACAGCACAGUGGUGGUUGUUGACUGCAGUGUCACCAGCCUCGUCCUCCCAGCUUUCGCCCAGUUGAACAUCAGCUUCCUAUUGGAUGUGAACCAGAACAGCACACCUGGCAACAUCAACAUCCAUGUCAACACCAGCAGUGAUAACUAUGAGAGGGAGGAGUAUCUCCAUGACAACUCCAUCAGUCUCUCCCUUCCUCUUAAAUAUGGAGUCAACAUCAACCUCCACGGUUUUGUGACUCCCACCUCAUUUGUGUUUGGAGAUGAAGACUCGACUCCAGUUGACUGCUACACUGAAAGAUUCAACUACACGUACAAGGUGUUAAACUCUGGUCCCAGCAGGUCAGUAGAUACUGUGGUUGAAAUUGCGUUACCAAAAAUCCUCUCACCGCAUCGACACAGACUCCUGCAGGUGGUCGACUGGCAGUCGUCUCAUGGUGUGUGUUCAAUCAGUAACGCAACUAUUUCAGUUAUUGAGGACUGUGAAGUCCCUCAAGCUUCCUUCAUCAAACAACUCAUCUUUUUCUUCUCCUCCACAUCCACUCGCACAAUGUUUUGUGGCCGUGAUGAUACGGUGUGUGAGCGGCUGGUGUGUCGUCUCGGUAACCUGGAGGCGGGGAGAGAGGCCACCAUCCAACUAGAGACCAAACUGAACCCUGCUGUACUACUGCAAGCUCCGGGUCGUCAGCCUGUCGUGAUGCUGGAGAGCACAGCGAUGCUGUUAUCUCCCAGAGAAGAUCUUUACAACACCCUCAUCCAGAAAGCACCCACAGCACAGGUGGUGGUUGAAGGUCUUUUUACCCAGAAAGCCUCAACAACAGUCAAGGUCUUCAUCGUCGUCGUUAGUUUAGUUUUGGGUCUGAUCAUCCUGGCUGCUCUCAUCUGGUGUCUGUGGAAGGCUGGUUUCUUUAAGAGGGACCUAAAGAAGAAGGAGGAGGAGUUCAGGAGACACAGCUGGGACUACGUUCCUAAAAGCAGCGACAGAGAGAGCUUCUCCUAAAACUGUCACCGCUACCUGUGACCUCUGACUAUCAGGUGUAGUUCACAUUGUGACGGUGCAACAGUUUUAAUGAGUCGUACAGUAUGCUCUGACAGACAGAGGACAUCAACAGCCAAUGAAAUCUGUCCGGACUGUGUCAGACAUCAGAUGAGUGUGGUAGAUGAUGAACGCGUCUCAAGUGAAUGCCUCCUGGACACCUGGCCUGAAUCUGACCAUGACCAAUUAAAUUAUUUUGCCUCAUGUGCCUUCACAAAGAAAAACAAGACAAAAACAAGACUUGAAAAAGACUACAACAGCGGAUGGAUGGAGGAUUAAUAAAAAGGGAAGUGAACCUGAAACAAUCAAAUCUAGACCAAGUAAGAGGGUGUCAAGUUUUCCUGGGAUUAUGACAGUGUUAUCGAUGUCCUCCAUUUUGACUCUUUUUAAGAGGAAACAAACCAAAGGAAGUGACCUUCAGUGUCAAGGGAAGGAAAAACCUGGCCUCUGAUUGGCUGACCACUCUCAGGAAGACCUCCCUUUUGUCUGUGUACAUUAUCUUUCUGUGUUUUUGCUCACCUGCUGACCAACACUUUAUGCACUGCUGACACACACAGAGCAGACUCACUGGCUGCGCACACACCAGAUGUUGUCCAGACAGAAGAAGUAGUGAAGUGCUGCUGGGACAGCAUGUGUUUACGUAGAAGACAAUCAGCGUGGGAGUUUUAAUGGAUGCUGAACACCGUAACUGCUUUUUGGCCUUUAGCCUGUUCUCACUCUGGGAUUUGUUUGGAUUUCUGGUCACAACAGCAUUUAAAACCAGCAUAAUGUGGAACAAUCAGUGGAUUUGGUCUCGUGGGUGACGUAAAUCCCAAGCAAAGUUAAGCAAUAAACGGCUGAGUGGAUCCACGAUUGAAGAAAGUACGGCUGCCUGUAGGUGUCACAAAGAUCAGAAACCAGGCGCUUCUCUUCCAGGACCCUCUUAGGAACAAAUAUCGUGACAUAAAGUCCGGCUUGAACGCUUUUUGUUGUUCAGACAUCAGUGAGAUAUUCUACCUGGGAACAGUCUUGACAUACACAUGAGUUCUACAGUAAUUUUAUUUAUAGAGCAACACCCUGGUUUGUAAAAAAAAAAAAAAAAAAAAAGUCUCCGCAAAUUCUUAAUUGAACCACUCCUGGAUUCGGACCAAACCUCAAGUGUGAAAGCACAGUAAAAGGUGCAACUUGAGUAACAGACAGCAACAUAUUUGGCCACAAGGUUGAAUAAUGGAAGAGUACUUGAAAAUUAGUAUUUAA